AUGUUGUCUAGCUUGCCUGUCAGUUUUGCUAAGUUGAGAAACCUUCGGCAUUUUGACAUCAGUGGUACUCCACUGUUGAACAAGACACCACUAGGAAUUGGGGGGUCAAUAAGUCUACAAACUCUACCUAAGGUUUAUAUCGAAGGAGGUAAUGGGUUUAAAGUAUCCGAGCUUAAGGACCUAUUGGGUCUUCAGGGUCGACUUUCCAUUAAAGGGCUGGACAAGGUGAUGAAUCCAAUACAAGCAAAGGAUGCCAACUUACAUCAAAAAGAGGGCCUUGAUGAUUUGGAGAUGGAAUGGAAUGAAGAUGUCUUGGAUAAUUCUCGGAAUUCGACGAUUGAAUAUGAAGUUUUUGAAGGGCUAAGGCCUCACUGCAAGUUGAAAACACUCAAGAUUUUGUUCUAUGGGGGAAUCAAAUUUCCAAGUUGGGUUGGUGAUCCUUCAUUCCACUUAACUGAGCUUACUUUAGAAGGUUGUAGAUGGUGUACACAUCUACCAACAGUUGGACAUCUAGGUUCACUCAAGAAGUUUGUUAUGAGAAGCCUGCAUAUGGUGAAGACUUUGAGCUUUCAAGGUAUUCUCUUAUUUCCAUCACUUGAAAUUUUGGAAGUUUAUGAUAUGCAAGGUUUGGAGAUAUGGUCAACAAGUGAUGGUAACGAAGAUGACGAAACUGCUAGAUCGUUUCCUUGUCUUCGUCAGAUCUAUAUAAAACAAUGUCCGAAACUGGCUGUUGUAUCAAUCAGUUUGAUACCGUCGCUUGAGGUUUUACGUUUAGAAGAAUGUUCGGAAGCAGUGUUAAGAGGUAUUGUUGGUGCAUCCACAUCAAUCCUUAGAUUGACAAUGUGGGAUAUUAGAGGACUUAGUCAACUACACGGAGAAGUUUUAAAACAUCUUCGGGCGGUUGAACACCUAUGCAUUAAAAACUGCUCUGAAUUGGAAUACUUGUGGGAAUCAGAAUUGGAGGCAUGUGAGUCACUUGUGAAUUUAAAAGUUUUAGAGUUAUAUGGUUGUAGAAUGUUGGUGGCAGAAAGCAAUAUAAAGUCGAUUCCACCCCGUGACCUUUUGGAAAGUCUAACGUCUUUGGAACAGCUAGGGAUAUCUGAUUGUCCAAGACUGGGCUAUUCAAUACCUUUCGGAUUAUGGCCUCGACAUUUAAGGAAUCUUUAA